UCCUCAGUGCUGGAAGAAGUUAGCAAUAGGCUGCCAGUCUGGUCCGUAGCCACGAUGGAUGCAAUACCAUGCCUUCUGAUCGUCCUCCUGUUUUGGACAAGGAUACAAGAAAAUACAGCCCUCCAGUGUUACUGUGACCGUUGCAGUGCCAACUCCAGCUGCACGACAGAUGGCGUCUGUUUCGUCGCCAUCCGCAAGUCGGGAAGCCGGCUUACCACCGAGCAGCGCCAGUGUGUAAAUGAAAAUGAACUGAUCCCACGAGACCGGCCCUUCAUCUGUGCCCCGUCUGUCAAACAAAACACGGGCAUUUACCCAAUGUGCUGUACCACAGACUACUGCAACAAAGAGCCCGACCUUGAAAUCUUCCCUGUCCCCACAGUAAAGACUCCACCUCUGGGCCCCGUGGCCCUCGCAGCAGUGAUUGCUGGCCCGGUGUGUGUGCUCUGCCUGCUGCUGGUCUUGGCGUUCUAUGUUUGCCACAGCCACAGGGGUCUGGGGGCCGGAGGUGCCGGGGCCCAUCAUCACCACCACCAUCGGGUGCCCAACGAAGAGGACCCCUCCAUGGACCACCCCUUCAUUACUGUCGGAACAACGCUGAAGGACCUCAUCUAUGACAUGACCACCUCGGGCUCUGGAUCAGGCCUGCCGCUGCUGGUCCAGAGGACCAUCGCCAGGACCAUCAUCCUCCAGGAGAGCAUUGGGAAGGGGCGUUUUGGGGAGGUGUGGCGGGGUAAAUGGCGUGGUGAGGAGGUGGCCGUGAAGAUCUUCUCCUCCCGCGAGGAGCGCUCCUGGUUCCGCGAGGCUGAGAUCUACCAGACUGUGAUGCUGAGACACGAGAACAUUCUGGGCUUCAUCGCUGCUGACAACAAAGAUAACGGGACAUGGACUCAACUCUGGCUAGUGUCCGAUUACCAUGAACACGGCUCCUUGUUUGACUACCUGAACCGCUACACCGUCACUGUGGAGGGCAUGAUCAAACUGUCCCUGUCCACAGCCAGCGGCCUCGCCCACCUCCACAUGGAGAUAGUGGGCACACAAGGGAAGCCAGCUAUUGCCCACAGAGACCUGAAGUCAAAGAACAUUCUGGUGAAGAAGAAUGGGACUUGCUGUAUCGCUGACCUGGGUCUAGCCGUCCGCCACGACUCUGCCACCGACACCAUCGACAUCGCUCCAAACCACAGAGUGGGAACCAAAAGGUAUAUGGCGCCAGAGGUCCUGGACGACUCCAUAAACAUGAAACACUUUGAGUCUUUCAAGCGAGCUGACAUCUACGCCAUGGGCUUGGUCUUCUGGGAGAUUGCCAGUCGCUGCUCUAUGGGAGGCAUCCAUGAGGACUACCAGCUGCCCUACUACGACCUGGUUCAGUCAGAUCCAUCAGUGGAGGAGAUGAGGAAGGUGGUUUGUGAGCAGAAGCUUCGGCCAAACAUUCCCAACCGCUGGCAGAGCUGUGAGGCCUUGCGGGUGAUGGCGAAGAUAAUGAGGGAGUGUUGGUAUGCAAACAGUGCCGCCCGACUCACCGCUCUCCGAAUCAAGAAAACCCUCUCUCAGCUCAGCCAACAGGAGGGAAUCAAGAUGUAGACACAACUACCAAACACACGCACGCAUACACACCUUUGACUGUCAUCCAUAUCCUUAGCAUUACAGCACUAUUAUCUUUAUUAUUAUUCAUCGAUUGUUCCUCCCCUUUGGUUUGAAGGGAAGUGAAGACUUUUUUUCCCCUUGUGAUCUUUUUUUCUUCUCCCAUUUCAUUCAUUGACAAACUGAUAAGUCCCGCACAUGAAACUGAGGAACCAUAUGUGUAUAUGUGUGUGUUGCACUGGGCAGAAAUAUGCACAUGAAUGGCUGGAUGGAUGGAUCUAUUGAGGGAUGGUUGUGCCUGAGGGGGAUAAAAGCGGCAUUAAAGGAAGCCUCCAUUCAUUAUCCUCCAUUUUCCUCUACUACAUUCAUCACAUGAAGUCUCUGAAAGACCCACUGAGGCAACUGGUGUCCAUCAUAAGUCCCACCUCCACCGCUCAUCACACACCCAACCAAUAAGAGAUCAAAUCCCAUCAGGUAAACAAAAGGCCAGACAGGCAGCUGAGAAUCACCUGGGGGGCCUCUGAGCUGCCAGAGCUUUGCUCUCAUCUCCCCACAUCUUCAUCAUCACCCCCUCAUUUGUAUAUUAGCAUUUCAUUAUUCACUUCAGAGAUUUAAGCUACUCUUCAGUAGGGCUGCCAGUUGCUCAUGUACAUCUUUGAAUAAUGUUGUGAAUCAUGGAAUAUUCAAAUUUCCUCUCAUUACAAACACAAAAAUGUAUUCAGAAGCCAAAAUGGAACUUGAAUGAUCAAAACCAUGUGAUCUGUCAUUAGCUAUCUGCACUGCUCCCACAAUGUGUUGUGUUUUUAGGCGAACCAUUACAGAAGUUUACAUUCCUCAUUACAGUGAAGAAUGUUCUGGGAGGCAAUGCUGGUCCUUGCAGUGGUUCGUGGAAGAAAAUUAAAUUCAUUCAAUAUCUAUCUAAUAGUACAUGUAUGGAAGCAAAUAAAUGCCAUAAGGAAAAAACAAAUUGUGAAAUUUAACCACUACUGAAUAGUUAAUGUUGAAAUUUCUUUACCACUUAAUUUGUAGCACUUAGAUAUUUAACUCUGAAAACCAUCUGUCUGAAGUAAUGUGGUUUGAAUUUCCCUCUUUAACUUUUCCAGAAGGUCAUGUGCUAACUCAAUUGGUCAUUUCCAGAUCUAAGUCAAAAAAUUAGGCUGCCCAGUAGGAAUGGUGAAAGUCAGCCACUAAAAUUCUUAAAAUCCAAAACCGUGGUUAGUAUACUUAAAGAUGAUCUCCAAGUCUUUUGGAUGAUAUAACUAACACAAUGUUAAAAACAUCUUCACUUAAAUGAACCAGUGUAAGCUUUUAUAAGGCUUUUAAUUCAAAGUUGACUGAAUAAAAGGGGGGGUGUUCAGCCUUGUGGUAAUGAACUAACUGUCAUUGGGUUUUGCUGGUCAUCUAUUAUCAGACAUUGCAUGUUGAGCCUACUGAAGUCAGUGUCCUGUCAAACUUCUCAUUGGGGAAAAACUGCCAAAAUGGUAGAAAAAAAGAGUCAAAAUUUUCACAAGCCACCCAAGAACUGUUUUUAUCUGUCCAGUCAAAUAAAACAUAGUUCAAUUGGGCCAAAAUUCUGGCAGCACUGAUCACGUUUAAUUUUUGUCAUAUAAUCUAAGACAGAGAAGUUCAGAUGAGCUUUGUAAAUAGAAUGGAAUUCAAACCACAUAAAUUAGAACAUUUUUGUAAAAUGUUUCAGUGCUAAGAAUUCAGUGGUGUUUUAAAUUUCAGCAUUAAGUAGAGGUUACAUUUUAGAAUUAUAUAUUAGGUUGCUUAUAAAAUUGGAAUUAUUAUAGACCUUUUUGGCUUCCAUAUACAUGGAGUGAGUAGAGCAGUUUAAUAUCAACAGAUGACAGAGAAUGGACGAUUAGCCUGCUUGUCUUUAGAUUUUAACCCAAAUGACAAACAAGAGUUUUUCUUGGGAACAUAUUUUCCAUUUCGUUAAUGUGCACUGCACAUUUUGUUCAACAUGCCUUGUGAAAGUUGAGAUUUUAUUUCACCAUUCACCUUAAGCAAUUAGUGUUUUUCUUGGCCAUUGAUGUGCUGCUAGAAAAGGGAGCAGCAGACUGAGCAGACAGUUACUCACUGUCAGGGCUACUUGACACAAUUCCUCUUAAUCUCUGAGCUAACAGUGACUCAGCCAUGAUCAAUAGUAUUUCAGAGUAAAGAUGAUUCAACGAAGAAAACACUUGUGAUGUGAAGUUGUUUGCAGCCCUACUCUUGAGUUGUAUUACAGUAGCAUUGGGAACUGAAGUGAGGACCUGAGUGAGGGGGUUAUGGGACAGUCUGUAAGCCCUGUGAGGUCCAGACAAACAAUGGCUUCAUCUGUUCAUCAUCUAGUCGAGUUGUAAGCAGGAUCUCUCAUCUCUGCAACAAUUUUGCACCUGUUUUUUCAUUUGUUACUCUUGUAUUUCCCCGUCUCCCUCCGUAAUGGUAGGGAGUCGGACAGGUCAGUUUAAUUUAUUGUGUUUUUUUAAAUUUUCUUUCUGGUGGCAGGGGAUCUUUUUUGCAAAACUAAACUGGACAUGAUGACCUCAUUCAUUUUUGGCGAACAUGCUGCAACAUAUGCAAUAUACAGUAGAUAAAUGUGUCUAUUUUCUAUACUCUGCUCUGCUAAACCACAAACCGCAAGAACAACAACACCACCAACAACAAUCAGCUGCCACCAUGCCUUCCAAGCCAGCUGUUACCGGAAAGUGCCAGUGCUUUAAAAACCCAACUCCUCUCAUGUCGGCUGCUGUGGAGUGUGUUUGCUCUCGCGUGUAUGCAGCUCCGUGCGUGUGUGUCAGAGGAGGCCUGCGGGAGCCAUGCCGAGCAUACAGCAAGCUCGUACUAUGCACACCCCAGAAGUAGGGACGUAAAGCAAGAAGGGGCACACACCGCACAUCACAGCACCCACAACCCAGCCGACUCUCUGGUGCCAUUUCGUCAAACCUCCCCACCUGAACACCCGACCACCUCAGCAACAAGUCAUUGUACAGCUUGUCCUCCCAGUGGACUGAGUCUGGAAACUGAGCUCCAGCACCUCAAACUGUGUUUAGUUGGAAAAAUGAUGCUACAAAAGCUUAUGGCGGCUUUCAAAAAGAGACACAAAGACUUGUAAGCAUUACUGAUGUUGCCCUAUAAAUGUAAACUCUUGGAUUUCUGAUUUUUGUUAUUUUCAUGUGUUUGUGCCGUUGACAGCGCAGCAGCGUGAAUCAACCUUUCAAGAGUUUUCUUCUUGUAGGAUAAUCAACAAAAAUGAGGUACAUUCAUUUAAAUAUAGCAAACGGAUAUUUACUAAGCCAUAGGUUUUCCAGGUUGUGUAUUUUUUCUUUUUUUGUGGCAAGGUCUUUUUCUACUAGAAUGUACAUUUACGAAAAACAAAACAUGAAAAAAUAUGCGUAAAAUGGACAAUUCUGUCAUUUCAGCUUAGCAAGCCUUAAGGGACCAAUGCGUAAGAGUCAGGAUCUGCCCCCCCACCCUCUUUUUUUUUUUUUUUUUUUUUUUUUUUAAUGAAAAAAGAACAUAUACACACUACCGCUCAAAAGUUUGGAGUCACCUGUUAUCUUGAUGUUUUUCUUCUUUCCUUCAUGGCUGUUUUAACAUAGAUGAAAACAGUAACUAUAUACCGAGUUUAUUAUUUACAUUUGAAAGAGUUUUAGAAUAAUUAAAUGAUUAAAACUUCCGUUUAGUCAAUGUCCCCACAGUCUUGCAUGACGGGAGAAUACUGUUGUAACCAUUUUUCCCCCAAAUACUCUUCGAUUUUUAAAUUAUUUUCCAGUCCAGAAAAGCUUAAGUGACCCGAGAUCAUUUUAGAACCACAGCGGUGCAGCUGGGCUCUAAAUAUUUUGAGAGGGCGUUUUUCUUUGGGCCCUCGUGUCUCCUCGUGGUCAGAUUGAAUCGGUCAGUCUAUAGUAUGUUCAGCUGCUAUUCCGUGAUCCAGUUCCAACAGUGCUAAACCUGGACUAACCUACGAUUUCUAUUCUGAAGUGUUAAGAACAGCUUUGCUAAAGCCACGCGCCUGUUAAUUCCAGCUUGUUAGAGGCAUUAUCGUGCACUGGACACUCAGACAGGAACCUGUUCCUCUUUAAAUCUGCGCAGAUUUUAACGCUCAGCUUCCAGUUUCUUUUACCAGCGACUGCUGAUUUCUUCUAUUCUUAUUGAACGGUUGCCCAGAGGAUCUUUGUCUCUUUCUGCCCUUUCAAUUAUCCGUCUGGUUGAACCAUUGUACAGCGUUUUGUUCUCCAUGUACAAAACAUCUAUUUGUAAAGAGGACUUUCUUCACCCUAAAAGCAUGAAAGACCAUUCAGAAAUAGAGUAUUCCUCUCAGCCAUCUGACUGUACCGAAUCAAGCUUUUGUGGCGGGCGACCCCAAACGUUUGAGCGGUAGUGUAUAUAUAAUGAUGAAGGUAGUGUCAACAUUCCUUCUAAAGGACAAAAAAAUAUAUGUAGCACCUGAUUUAACAGUUUGUUUCAGUCAAGUUUUUGUCCUGUUGCCGAAAUUGCCAUACAUCUAAACCCAUUUAAUCUUAUUUUACAUAUUUGCUUGUGUUUAAGUUCCAUCAAAAGCACUUGUCUUUUAGUACACAGGUCAAAAACACAGUUUAAGUGCACAAAGUGUUAAACAGUCAAUAACUAAUACAUCCAGUAAAUUAGAUCUGCCAGACAGUGAUUUGCUCAAAGAAUUCCCACAGAGUCACUUCAUUGUUUAGCAGUAAGUGCACUUCUGAACCACUGCAGGGUUUAUGUGUGUGGCAAUUUGGAUGUCGGUGAGUCCGUCUGUGUCUAUUGCUUUUCUUCAUGGAUACAUAAAUAUAUUGAUGUGCUGCUACUUAGUUGUCCACCUUACUUUCCGAGUCGAGGUGAGAGAUGUCGUUGGAUGUAAAUAUCCUCAGGCUGCCUGAAUCGGAUAAUUUUCUGCCAUGUUGCUUUGACGCAAAUCCAGCCCAUCAUCAUUUGAUAGCCAACCUCUCAAAGAUUUGCUAGUAUGUUAGAGUUGUUGUCAGCCACCAUCCAUGGACGUGCAGGAGUCCACCCCACCACCCACUGCUGCAGCUGAUUUCUUACCCUCUAGUUCAAAGUGCUGAUCACUUCAAUCAGCUGCUUUAUUGUUAAAUUAGAAUAGAAAGCUGCAGCCUCCAUUGGUUUUCAACCAUGGUGCCAAUCUAUCGAAGGGCAUCUGAGUAGCUUGUUCUCUCUGCUUUGAUGCCCACACAUAAAACACAGUUGGAAAUGCUUUGAGACAUAUUUUCCUCUACUAGAAGCCCAAGGGUAGAGGAGGGGGUAGGAGAGCAAAGACAUCAAAUAAUUUUUGAGGUAGUGAUUUGUUUAGUUAAAAAUAAGCCCGUUGAUACCCUUAUAGCAACUGAUAAUCUAAUAACAGAUGGAUAAUGUCAUAAUUAGUCAAAAUAUACAAACCUCUAAAAUAUAGCAAAACCUUAUGAGCAUUUAAUUCACAGAUAAUGUAAUAGCAGUACUAAUGCACCUCUUCUAAGGCAAUGAUUGCCUGUCAGAGGAAGGCUAGUGCCCAUUACUUUGCAGAUAGCACUUUUUGUUCAUAAUUCAUGAUUUCUGGCAGUUCUUGCUUUAUUGGAUUGGAUUUUUAAACCAAUCACAAAACCACUCAAAAUCAAAUUGAAACAAAAAAAAAUAAUUUGAGCUUGACACUUCAUUCUUGACCUCAGAAACUGCAGUUGACAAAACAAUCUCCAAUCAAGGUCCAUUUACUGGCUUGUUCCAGAGCUUUCAGCUGUAUCGCACGGUCUUGAUCAGUAGAUGAAGUUCAGUCAGCCAACUCGUGGAAUGAGCCACUAUAUAAAUGUAGACUACCUACAGUGUUGAUUUGCUGUCUAGACAGUGACCUCGUCACAAGGAAAUGCAUAGAAUAAUGGACAUUUGAACAUCUAGCAGCAACAGCUAACUUCAUCUGCUAAUGAAGACCGUGUGUUACGGUUGAAAGCUCCAGAACAAAUGAGUAAAGGAGUGAAGAUCGAGGUUGUUAAAUGUGAAGACAUCCUUACCUGUAAUGAAAGCUUUUUGACGAGCUAAUUGCUCCUCUCUUGAUUUAUAAAUGCUGUUACAUUUAUGAAGAACGAGAAAUAGUCUGCAUAUUUAGUUGGCUGAAAUUUAAACAUUUCACCAGCAUUAUCCUGAGCCUUUACACUGUACGAAACGUUCCUAAUGUGACAUUUUCGUGAAAAUUACAUAAUCAGUUGCUACAGGCUUUAGUCAGUGACUUUCUUGUCGUCCUUGAAGAAAAUUUAAACUUUGUUUUAAAUAAAAAAAACGAAGUUUGACAAAAAGCAGACAAGUUGUGAUGUACCCACCUGUACAGUUCCACUAUUCAGAGUCGUACUUGUGAAUGAAGUAUUCCUAAUUAUGUAGAAAUGGUCAGAAGUGGCAUAUUAAGCCUUGUAAAUAGCUUGUGGAAUAAACAAAAGAAGAAAGCUAUCCUGAUAUUUGAAGAAAGUAAAGUGGGUAUCGCUGCUCUGUUAAUACAAAAAGGGUGACAGACUAUGCUGAAUUAAAUGUUAAAUGUGUACAAAACUGGUCAAAUUAGUAGGGAAAACUAGCGCUUGCCAGGAAAGACCAGGGCCAAGGAUUCAUCUUUCUAAGCCAUGUGGAUUUGGGGGGCAGGUUGGGGGGUUGGUGGUGGUGCAGGAAACAAAAUUUCCAAAUCUCAAAGUAUCCCUUUAAGUAAGCCCUGGCUAGCCCUGCUGGGCCUUUGGGUGGGAUUGAGACUGUAUGGUAUGUGUAUUCCAUCAGCAAUGUCAUUCUCUGGGACAUUAGCAACAACAAAAGCUCAACUCAACAACACCUCUGGUAUGCCUCUACUAGGACAACCUUCAUUCUGUCUUAAAGUCACCAGCAGCCUUGUACUUUUCUUUUCAAAACCCAAGAUGACUUAACUGUAAAAAGACAUGUUUGCACCCAGCUGUUUUUCUCUUGUGGUCUUUUUACAGCAAUCUUUCUGUUCUUGAUUCUAUCUUGCCUUUCUCUCUUGUCAUUCCAUGUUCUCUAAUUGACUUAACAGAUAUCUCCUAGCUACAAGGGCCACACUUCACUGCAGCCGGUACCCCAGCUUCACAGCUCCAUACCAGGUGAACCAACUCACAUCCAUCCCUACCUAAUUUUUUUAUCUCUCUAAACUUAGAUCUUAAAGGGACAGUUCACCCCAAAAUCAAGAAUACAUAUUUUUCCUCUUACCUGUAGUGCUAGUUAUCCAUCUAGAUUGUUUUGGUGUGAGUUGCCAAGUUUUGGAGAUAUCGGCCGUAGAGAUGUCUGUUGUAUGUUUGAAACAAAGCUUGUUCGUACAAUGCAAUGAAUCGUACAAACGGGGAUAACAGCUCACACUUUCGGAUAGUCUGUCGAAUGUCGAAGACAUUUCUGGUGUUGCACAAAACAAGUGAUGGGAAGUAUUUGUGUGGAGAAUGUUCAAAGAGAGCUUGAGAGAGAGGUUCAGACUUUCUCACCUGUGGAUGCCUGGCCAAUCACUGAAGUGGACGUGCUUGUCAGGAUGUUAAAAAAAAUUGUUGUACACAGCCCCGACAAGCACCGGCAAGCACUUAGUUCGAAACUUACUGAUGCCUUUAAAAAAGUUCUCCAUGAAAUUAGCAUUGCUCUCCUAUAACACUAUCGUCAUGAUGGACAGUUUAAAAAUAAGAAAAUUCUAAAUCAAUGCAGCAGAACCAGAGAAAACAUGUUUUAUUAUUUGCAUAUUUCUGAAAUCACCAAUUUGACCAAUCCACCAAUUCUGAAAGUGUGCUCUGUUGUCUCCAUAUUUAAACGAUUGCAUCUUGCCCCCCCCAUUGUGGCCGUAUUUAACAGCUUUUGCCUUCAGACAUGGCUGGACAACAUGUUGUACAAACUAGUCUCUUUGGAACAUACGUUGGCUUUAGGGUUAGAAAAGAGGCCAUACUGUACGCGGACCCUCCUUCUGUCUGGAAAGAUUGGGAUUGAACCUGUAAAUCCUGUUUUUCCUUCCUUAAUUUGUGGGUUAUUUGGGUUUGGUAAACAGGAUUUGCUUAGAUAUCUCGAUCACCAUCUAGGCCAUGAACCAUUUUAAACAUUUACAAAGAAAACCCGCUGUACCUCUUCUUUGAGUAUCUUACCUUGCCUUCUCUGUCCUUAGCUCAGAUUAAAGGGGGGAGGAGGUCACUGUACACUGUUGAUAUGCAGCCACCAUGCAAUUUCAAAACUCACUGGUCAAAACAGUGGAAGGUUGUGAAUGGGAGCACCAAUGUGGCUGAGCCGUUUAGUGACUCAAACCCAAUAAAUGAGAUGCACUCUGUUUGCUAGGUCUGGUCAAAUAUGCAGCCUUUUCAUGCUAUUCUUUAUACGCCAAGAAAGGUACAAAACGAGCAGUUUUCUCUGCUGUGUGUGCAUUGAUGGAGGGCCAAAACAGGGAGGUAACAAACUAUGCCAGCAGCUCUACCGCUUCAAACCACGCACUGAGUAAUUCCCACAGCUGUGAAUGUAUCGGCCCUCUCAGUUUCUAACCAAUCUGAGCACAACCUGUGUAACUCAGCCCAAAGGUUGUGCCAGCAACUUUGUUAGCAUGCAAAUAUCUGCCGCACGGGUCUGUUUCUAUCUCUCUUUCUCUUGUUAUGCAAAGUCUGGGCCAAUCGUGUCUGCCCACUCAGUCCGUCUGCAUCACAAAGGUUGAAUGACCUAUCUAUGCUAGCAUGAUCCACACACUGUGAUGAGGAACGCGUUAGGGUUAGAAGAAUUAUCACAUUCUCCCUUCACGGUUGCCCUCCAUCGUCUCAGAGACCUGCUGUAAGAUGGUCUCUGCUAAAGCAUCUGCAAGCGUUAAGGUUGAUGGGAGGAGUGGUUUGGGUCACUAAAGGGUUCAGACUUUGCAGUGUUCCUCUCUGGUUCGAUGCUGCAGUGAGGCCUUUGUGGCAACAAGGGUAGCAGAAAGCUUUAUCAUGUUUUAUUUGGUGCCUAAGUUUGACAAGACUUCUUUAACUCUUGUCACCUCGAAUGACAAGACUGCAUGUGGUUGUGUCUGCAUUGAUGUCUGCAUUACCUGCUUUAUAGAUGUCAUUGAAAAGCUGAGAAGUAUCUUAAAAAGCAUAAUUAACAUAUUAAAAAGGUCACUUAAUCAAAAAGAAAAUACCUCCUUUUAAAGACCAAUGUGUUUUACCUCACUGUGUAUAUAUUUUCGAUUUGUUUACUCCAAGUUUGCAAUUUAUCUUUCUUUUUUGUUUCUAUGAAAUGCUUAAAAAAGUUGAAGAGAAUUUUUUUUUUUUCUUUUCAAUGGUACUUUUUUGUCAGAUGGCAUUGUAUUGUGUUUGUGUUGUGCCCAAGCAGUAUACUAUUCCUCUUUUACCAUGCUCUGUAAAUGACUUGUUGGUUGCGUUCUGCGUGAGCUGUACAGUCAAAGCGCUUUACAAAUGUCCAAGCCCCCUUCUGAGCUCUGGUACAAAUGCCUUGUUCAAUAUGUUCUUUUGUUUAAUGAAAAAAAGGAAAAAAAGAGUGGAGGUGGAGGAGGCUGGAAGUGAGGGGAGGGACUGUAAAGCGAAAACCCCUCAACAACUGUUGAACCCUCCUCACCUCAACCCUCUUGGAUUUCUAAACAUAUUAUAAUCUUGACUUUUAUAUAGUGUGUACAGAUGAAUGAGAGAUCAACAUAGGAACUAGAGGAUUGACACUUAUGUUAACUUCUAACAUAGCUGGAGUAGAAAAUGGUGUGAAUAAAGAAACAAAGUUUCACUACAA